AUGGCGCCGUCGUUCUGGGGGAGGGAGGCGAGGCUGAGCGACGGGGGCGGCGGGACGCCGGUGGUGGUCAAGAUGGAGAACCCCAACUGGUCGAUCUCCGAGAUGGAGCAGGAGCCGGUGCCGGGGUCGCCGGCGGGGCUGGCGGCCGGCAAGGCCGGGCGCGGCAAGAACGCGCGCCAGAUCACCUGGGUGCUGCUCCUCAAGGCGCACCGCGCGGCGGGGCGCCUCACGGGCGCGGCCUCCGCGGCGCUCGCCGUCGCCGCCGCCGCGCGCCGGCGGGUGGCGGCGGGCCGGACGGACGGCGACGCCGCGCCCGGGGAGAGCACGGCCCUGCGCGCGCGCUUCUACGGCUGCCUCAGGGUCUUCGUCGUGCUCUCCAUGCUGCUGCUCGCCGUCGAGGUGGCCGCCUACCUCCAGGGCUGGCACCUCCAGAUGCCCCAGAUGCCCGAGAUGCCGGGCCAGCUCGCAAUGGACGGCCUCCUCGCCGUCGACGGGCUCGCCGCCGCCGCCUACGCCGGCUGGAUGCGCGUCCGCCUCCAGUACAUCGCGCCGCCGCUGCAGUUCCUCACCAACUCCUGCGUCGUGCUCUUCAUGAUCCAGAGCGUCGACCGCCUCGUCCUCUGCCUCGGCUGCCUCUGGAUCAAGCUCCGGGGCAUCAAGCCCGUGCCCAUCGCCGCCGACAAGGACGACGUCGAGGCCGGCGACGAGGACUUCCCCAUGGUCCUCGUGCAGAUGCCCAUGUGCAACGAGCGAGAGGUCUACCAGCAAUCCAUUGGCGCAAUUUGCGCUCUCGACUGGCCAAGGUCAAACUUCUUGGUGCAGGUGCUGGACGACUCCGAUGAUGCUACCACCUCGGCGCUCAUCAAGGAGGAGGUUGAGAAAUGGCAGCGGGAGGGCGUGCGGAUAGUGUACAGGCACCGGGUGAUCAGGGACGGAUACAAGGCUGGAAACCUCAAAUCAGCAAUGAACUGCAGCUAUGUGAAAGACUAUGAAUAUGUUGUCAUCUUCGAUGCCGAUUUCCAGCCACAGGCGGAUUUCCUCAAGCGCGCCAUGCCCCAUUUCAAGGGGAAGGACGAUGUUGGGUUGGUUCAGGCGAGAUGGUCGUUCGUGAACAACGAUGAGAACCUGUUGACCAGAUUACAGAACAUAAACCUGUGCUUCCACUUCGAGGUGGAGCAGCAGGUGAAUGGAGCGUUUCUCAACUUCUUCGGGUUCAAUGGGACUGCCGGAGUGUGGAGAAUCAAGGCUCUUGAGGACUCCGGUGGCUGGAUGGAGAGGACAACGGUGGAGGACAUGGACAUUGCCGUCCGGGCACAUCUCAAGGGAUGGAAGUUCCUCUACCUGAAUGAUGUUGAGUGCCAAUGCGAGUUGCCAGAAUCAUAUGAGGCAUACAGAAAGCAGCAGCACAGGUGGCACUCAGGCCCCAUGCAGCUGUUUAGACUCUGCUUUGUGGACAUUAUAAAAUCCAAGAUUGGAUUCUGGAAGAAGUGCAACCUGAUAUUCCUAUUCUUCCUCCUCCGCAAGCUCAUCCUGCCCUUCUACUCAUUCACCCUCUUCUGCGUCAUCCUCCCCAUGACAAUGUUCGUCCCCGAGGCCGAGCUUCCCGCAUGGGUGGUAUGCUACAUUCCAGCGACAAUGUCCAUCAUGAGCAUCCUGCCAUCCCCAAAGUCCUUCCCGUUCAUCGUCCCGUACCUCCUCUUCGAGAACACCAUGUCGGUGACCAAGUUCAACGCCAUGAUCUCCGGCCUGUUCCAGCUCGGGAGCGCCUACGAGUGGGUGGUGACCAAGAAGUCGGGCCGCUCCUCCGAGGGCGACCUCGUGGCGCUCGUCGAGAAGCACACCGCACAGCAGCAGCAGAGGGUCGGGUCGGCGCCGGACCUCGCCGGGCUGGCGGCCAAGGACUCGUCGCUCCCCAAAAAGGACGCCCCCAAGAAGAAGCAGAAGCACAACAGGAUCUACCGGAAGGAGCUGGCGCUGUCGUUCCUCCUGCUGACGGCGGCGGCUCGCAGCGUGCUGUCGGCGCAGGGCAUCCACUUCUACUUCCUCCUGUUCCAGGGCGUCUCCUUCCUCGUGAUGGGCCUCGACCUGAUCGGCGAGCAAGUGGAGUGA